AUGUACCCUGACCCGCAGUUGCAAGUUCAAGCACAGCAACAAGAUGUCCCCUCACAACAAGCCCCAACUGGCAUCAACUGGGAUCAUCCGAUCUUCUCUCAGACUCAGAAUCAGGCACAAGCACAAGCGCAAGCACAAGCACAAGCACAAGCACAGGCGCAGGCACGGGCACAACAGCAACACCAGAAUCCACAUCAAUCCCAGCAACGAAGUCCUCUCCCUCCUCAGACCGACAGCAAUCAUGGCAUCUAUUCCUCUCUUCCUCAGUCAUGGCAACCAACCCCCCUCCAACAACCUUCGGGGGGAUAUGCGGUUUCGUCGCAAUUCCAACCACAACAACAGAUUCCUCCGUACCAGCAAGCAACAACUCCCCGUUCAGAACGCUUUCCCCGAGCGCCCAGCGCAGAACCACCGACAAGACGAAUUCCAGAACAUUGCGCCUCUUCCCUCUUCCCACCUCCUACCAUGCCGACCUCCCCACGAUUGACCUUACCAACGACUUCCCCCCCCUCCGCCGAGCCCGGUGUCUCUCACCAAACCAUCAACCCCCAAUUUCUCAAUCCCGGCACCCAGGGUGCCAAUCAGCAUCAGCAGCACAUAUCCAACAACUUUCUUUAUGGAGUCCCGACAGGAGUCCCGACGGAGUUUCCGCAAGACGGCAGGAUGUUCGAUUACUAUCAGAAUAAUUUCUCAGUUCAACCUCAAGGCGUUCAACAAAAUGCGGAAAUGCCACAACUUGGGGCCCCAGCACUCGCCAUCUACCCGCCAACCCUGGAGAGCGUCCUCCAAAAGUCUUCGACCAAGAACAAGCCAAAGUCCAAGAAAGCUGCUGCGAAACCGAAGAAGACACAAUCAGGAUCGGGAAGUGACUCAUCGGACUACGAGUCAGAUUUGGAAAUUGAACCUCCCGACGAGCCGUCUCCUCUCCCAGCAGCGCGGCCAAGUGAUACUGUGAACGGGGCAAAGUAUGAUACAAUUCAAGCCGUUUGGUCUCCGCGGAACAAACGGCCAUCAGCCGAUAAAGUGAAGAGUGCCCUGGUGGCUUUCCCCAAAAUUAUCAAGUCACUUCGUGAUGCCUGGAGAGAUCAGGUUCAAGCAAUGAAGUCAGCUGAAAAUCAGGGAGACAAUGACAAAGCUGCGCGUCUCAAGAAAGAUGUGGCGCUUCAACGCCAACUAAUGGAUACUAUUGUGAGGACUGCCUUGGAUAUGGGUCACCCCAUGAUUGUCGAGAAGCUUGGGGAACAUCCUUUAGCGCUGGCCUUAUUGGAACGCUUUGUUACCGUUGAUGAAGAGAUGUUGCAAAAAACCAACUUUAGCAAAACCCUUCCAAGAUUCGUCAAAAAGGGUGGCCCUUCCAUCAAGGGUUUGGCCCAGAAGAUCUUGGACAAUGCUUCAGCAUCUACCAAGCGGAAGCAGACGAAUGCAAAGUCAAUAAGUCUGCGCAAGGGUCCAACGGGCCUACCAAGGCUGGACUUAAUGGUAAAGUUGCAACAUCGGCAGCUCCUCGUCCGCGGCCAGCUGUUGCUGCCCCCCAAGCUCAGUAGUCUUUUUGGAACUUUGAGCUCUGCAUCAAAGAGGCCUGGAACUACAAAUGCUGAACGAGCUGCAGCCGCAGCCGCAGCCGCAGCUGCAAAGUCUACGUAUGUACUCUCCUGUUUUUUGGUUUUUUUUUCAAACCAAUGCCACCCACUAUCUCAUCAGGACGAGCACUCUCCAUCUACCCAGCCAAUCGGUGUGUGCCAAAAUUCUAAACAUCUAUACAGACCAAGCACGGAAAAGAAGGAGAAGCCAGCAGCUCCCCCUUCUAAGCCAGCAUUCUCUUUGAAUGAUAUCAUGGCAGAUCUCAGCAAACCCAAGGAGGCACCCGUUGCCAAGCCAGUAGAAGAAAGACCCCCGGAAACCGAGGAGGAGCGUGAGAAGCGGCUUAGAAAAGAAUCUAGGCGGAAGUUGCGAGUUACUUGGAAGCCUGAUGAUUCUCUCACCGAGGUACGAUUGUUCACUCACGACCCCGACGAAGAGCUUGGUCCAGGCGACAACUCUUUGCGUGGUGUUGGAGACGUCAAGGGCGAGGGAAGCGUGCUCAAGCUCCACAAAGACUUGGAGGAACUUGAAGAGGAUGAUUUAGGUGGCAUCCGUGAAACGAGUCUUAACGAUUACACGAGUCUUACUGCGAUCGAUAUCGAUUUGGGUGAUCUCAAGACCGCCAACUUCAUCAAACGUGGCGGUGAAGCAAUACCUGAGAGUCCGGCGAAGGAGGCUCAGAAUCAACGAGAAGCAACCACUCUCAUGGCCUUCUACCCCUCUCCCGCCGACAUUCCCCCAUCCCCCAAGGAGCCCCCUGCUUCCGAAACCAACACCAAUGAUGAAGCCGCCCCCGAAUUAGUUUUCUUUGGAGACGUUCCCGAGCAUGUCAGGGCUCGAGGCGAGCGCUGGUUUGCACAUAUUAACCCCCCGGCCGCUGCGCCUGCAGUCCAACCACAGCCUGCUGCCGCGCCCGCAGCUGGUGGCUUCGACAUUUCAAACCUUCUCAAACUCAUCGGCAAUGGGAACCAGCAACAGUCCACCCCUCCUCCUCAGUCCCAACUCCCACCUCAGCAAGCUCCUGUGUCAGAUCUCGAGCGCACUAUCAACAUGUUCCGACAGCAACAAAACCAGCCACCCGCAGUCCCGCCGCCUCAGAUCCCUGUAAGCCAGCCACAAGCGACGCCCGAAAUCGACUUCUUGAAGAUUUUCAAUGUCAUGCAGCAAAUGCAGCAGGGAUCGGGAGGAUUCCCUCAAGCACAGCCUGGAAUGGCACCAAAUAUGGGCGCCAUGUUUGGCUCGCAAUUCGGCGGCCAGAACCAGUCUGAUUCACGGGGCCAAGGUUACGAAGACCCUGAACGCAAACGCAUACGCGAGACUAGUCAGCACGAGGAGUUCAGCCGACAGAAGCGGACUAAGGCUAGUGGCCCCCAGCCGUACAAAGUCGGUCUAAUCCCGUGCAAAUUCUGGGCAGAUGGCACGUGCAGAAAGGGCGAUAAUUGCACAUUCCGUCAUGACUCCAAAAACGCUUAG